CAAAGUUAUUUAUUUCAAAAGAUUUCAUUAAAUUUUAUGUUAAUUCAAAAAAAAUAAAAAUUUAUCAUUAAUUUUAGAAGAUUCCAAAACAAAAGAACAUUCCUCUUCUUCUGAUGUGAUACUUAUCCAUCAUUUGAACUUCAAACAAAAUGUGGAUAAUUCACGCUAUUCUUGUGCACAUCGCUCUGCUCGGGUCGAUUUUUGUAAUCUACUUUCGAUCGCCGGUGAUAACUGGCCUAAAUCCUCAGAAAAAUAUUCCAAAUCCACCUGCCCACCGAUUAGUUUUAAUUGUCACCGAUGGCCUUCGAGCUGAGUCGUUUUUCAAAAAUCAAUGCGCAGACAUUCCCAACAUUCGCCGCAUAAUCCGCUCUCAAGGACUUGUGGGCAUUUCCCAAACUCGAGUUCCUACCGAAUCUCGUCCUGGCCAUAUUGCUCUUAUAGCUGGAUUGUAUGAAGAUCCAUCUGCAGUAUUGCGCGGCUGGAAAGCGAACCCUAUUGACUUCGACAAUGUCUUCAAUCGCAGUGCUCAUUCUUACGCCUGGGGAGCCAUGGACGUUCUGCAUAUCUUUUCAAAGAUAACAGCAGAGAAGACACUCAUGAUUGAUGCUUAUGAUGAGUAUGAUUUCACUGGUAAAAACAAAUCAUCCUCAGCUGUGGAUCAGUGGGUGUUUGACAGAGUUAAAAUGUUCUUGGACAGAAAAGCUGAUAGUUUGCAAAGUGAAAAAAGUGUGGUGUUCUUUUUGCAUCUGCUUGGAUUAGAUAUUGCAGGCCAUGUACACAAACCGGGAUCGGAAUUGUUCCUUGAAACUCUGCACAGUACCGAAAAAGGAGUUUACGAAAUGUACAAACUCUUUGAGAGCAAAUUUCCCGACCAUAAAACGGCCUACAUCUUAACAUCCGAUCAUGGCAUGACCAAUCACGGUUCUCACGGUGCUGGGGAUCCUCUCGAGACUGAAACACCAUUUCUGGUGUGGGGCGCUGGAGUAAACAACUGGAAAAAACCUCUUAAAUCCCAAAAAACUAUUCACAUUGAUGAUGUCGCCAUUCCACUAAUCGCCAUCGAACAAGGUCAAGCUGCGCCACUCAUGUCUUCGCUUAUUGGCCUUCCACCACCUAUGAACAGUUUCGGAAAGCUUCCUAAGGAUAUUCUGAAGGUGUCAUCAGAAUAUAUGGCAACAGCUUCCUACACCAAUGCCCUACAAUUGAUAGCUCAAUUCGAGUCGCUGCUAAAAGCGUUUAACCGAGGAGUUUUCUCCAAUUUUAUGCCAUCAUUCAAAGCCCUCCAAGACCAAUCAAUAACUGAGUUUCGAACUAAAAGUGAAAAACUAUUUGAGUUGAAGAAUUUUGAUAAAGUAAUCGAGGAAUCGUUCACAGUGAUGCAGAACGCUUUAGAUGGCAUUGAAUACUACCACACUUAUUACCAAAACCUUCUGCUUUUCUGUACAAGUUUGUCGCUUGUUAUUUGGAUGUUCUGCUUGAUAACAUUCUUUGUGAGCAGCGACAGUCCCAUGACAUCAUUGAGAAGUUUCAUUAAACCAGUUGCUGUGGGCCUUUUGUUACUGGGAUGCAUUUUGAUGCAGAAAAUACCAAUAGAAGUUGGCUUCUACAUAGUUCUUCCGGUUCUUGUGUGGUCUCUGGCCAUUCAUAGCUCUCAUAACAAGAAACGAUGGCUCAAAACCCUGCUCACUAAAAGGAAUUUAACAAUACUGUUGACAGUUAUUCUUGGAGCUGUCCUAAUGGUAAGUUCAUUCUUCAGACGCCAAUUUAUAACUUUGGUCUUUCUUCUGUUUGCUCUCCUAAAGUUCAAAUCCAUUUUGGGGGAAGGUGUCAAGUUCUACCUCUGGCUAGCCAUGAGUCUCAUACUUUCAACUUUCCCUCUUCUUUCCGAUGUUAUGGGCCAGAAAAACGAUGUUCUUUUACUAUUUGGAGCUGUGCUUGCUCUCACAAGAGGACUUAUAGUGAAGUCUAAUCUUCCAAGAUGGAUGUAUGUGGUUGCAAUCAUUGGAUUGCUGAAUACAUCAAUCUGUGUGUUCAAACACAAUAAUCUAGAAUCGGUGCCAUUGAUUUGUAGAGCUAUUUCUUGGCUGUUCCUAAUUCAUUCGCUUGCAGCACCAUUCUAUGUGCACAGCAAUUCUCUCAAAGCUCAAGUAGAAAUAGUUUUCUUUAGCCUAUCCAUAGGCUAUGUUUUGCUCUCUACCAGUUUUGAGGUAAUUUUUGUUGUUCUUUUUUGCUCGCAGCUAAUGCUUAGCUUCUCUCCGAUAAAUGAGCAACAUAACUUAGACUAUUCACGAGAAAAAGAAACUCAUGACUUGGCUGAAUCAUUUGAGUAUGCUUUGGCCAUACUUCUAUACACUUUAUUUACGUUUUUUGGCACUGGCAAUACCGCAUCUGUGAGCUCAUUCGAUCCGAAUGUUAUGCGUUGUUUCAUAACAACAUUUUCACCAUUCAUUAUAAUGGGUCUAGUUGUAUUGAAGUUAUUUCUUCCAAUGUUACUAAGUGUAGUUAUUAUAUAUGGAACAGUUGGAGAAGUUCUCAAUGAAAGACGAGUGUUUAUUGCAAUGUUAUUCAUAUGCGAUGUUAUGGGGUUGCAAUUUUUGUAUUUGGUACGAAAUAAAGGAUCAUGGCUGGAAAUUGGAUCUUCGAUAUCGCAUUUUGUUAUAAUGGAAGUUACAACUUUGGUUCUUGUUGCAACAACGUAUUUAGUGAAAUUGUAUUUGAAAAUGCCACUGUCUACAAAAAGACAAUUUGUAUUGGAAAAAAUUAAAUAAAUUAAAUUUGUUGUUAAAUUAAAAUUUUUAAAAAAGACUUUUGUAAAUUUAGAAAAAAUUGUUUUGUAUAAAAGUAUUAUUUAAUUUUUAAUGAAUAAAAUAACUUUGUAUGG